AUGUACGACAACAAUAUGAGCUUCCUAGAGCACCAAGGGUGCUUUCCUAAAGGCUCCGAUUGUUACGACUUAGAGUCAGCGUCCGAGUCAGAGAAUAAGAGUGGCAUUAGGAGAGUGCCACGUCAGUUAUGCACAUUGCGAUUCUACGAGUCCGACGAUGACCGUCCGGGCCCUCACUCCGGUGCCGACUCGGCCUGCAGCUCUCCCCCGGAAGCUCCCGAUGACCGCGAUCAAACCAAGUUAGGGCCUCUCGAUGGCGGGGAAAACCGCUUCUCUAAAGCCCAUGGCAUCAACCCAGCCCUCUUCGACGUAUAUAUUUCCGCCCAAAAAGGCGCGUCGUCCCCUCCCCCCGGUAUCACCCUCCCCGCCCUUCUAAAGCUGGUAGAUGCAGAUAGAAUAGGGCACGCGACGGCGCGGCGGCAAUACCAAGGUUCCGACGCGACCGCCGACGUCGAGGCCGCCACCGCCGACGUCGAGACCGCCACCGCCGAUGUCGAGACCGCCACCGCCGACGUCGAGGCCGCCACCGCCGACGUCGAGGCCGCCACCGCCGACGUCGAGGCCGCCACCGCCGACGUCGAGCCCGCCACCGCCGACAUCGCGGCCGCCCUGCUCCGCAUUACGAAGGCCCAUACUCUGUUUGAGACCCGUCUUGAGAUACUCGGCACGAAAAUAGUCUUACUCGAAGAGCGUAUACCUGGCUCUUACCAAGUGGCGCCUAACCUGGCCGACGAGAAUAGAACACUAGCGUCUCUCCUAACAUCGGAUCCUAAUGAGUUCGACGCAAGCCGAGAUAUGGCGUCUAGUGACCUAUCAACCCCCCCUCUUCUAGUUGACUGCGACAUUGCCGACGUGGAGGCACAGACGGCGAGCUCUAGGAUGGAGGAGCCCGAGACCGCCAGCGCAGCCGACGCAGACCAAGGCACGACUCCUAUCGACCUACCAUCCCGUCGCCCCCCUUCGCCAGGUCCUCGGACGCCGCUCCUGUCCGUGCCGAUGCCCAGCCAAGAGCGGGCACCCCAGGCUCCCCAGACACAAGACGAACCAGACCAGAGUGCCACAACGCAGGACCAGGACGAGACUCCCCCGGUACAAGAUGAGCCGUUCCCAACGCCAGGCCAGACUGCGGUCCACGCUCAAGAUGAGCACAUUGAAACCCCCACAGCCCAGGAGUUCCGCUCGUUCGCGUCGUUAUACACCAGGCUCAGCCGUGAACACGAACCUCGGGGCUUCGUUCUCAUCAAAGUUCCAAGCGAUGUUCUCGGGAGCUGCUCGAGGCCAACCGAACCACGGAUCACUACAAGCUGGCGUCAAGCCCUACGCUGGAGGUCUGGACUGGUUGCCUCGGUCGAGUACGAGGAAGUCCGACAUAAUCCGCCGUUGAAAUGGCACAUUGCCGGCCCUGGCCAAGAUGAGACUGUUGGGCUGGAGCAGUCAGGGUUCUCCGUCUGUACGGAACAUCGUGUUUCUUGGUCGAGAACACUCGCAUACUGGUUACACCAACCAGGAGUUAGCUUAAGUCUAAAAAGGGAAGUUAAAAACCAGAGCCACAAGGCUUUCCCAAACAUCGGCAACCCCUUGAUCUUCUUCUGA